GAAGAAAAACCACGACUGAAGACGAGGGAACAGCAACAAGUGAAACAGCCCGAGGUUUGAGAGCACCGACUGGAGAGAACCCGUCUGACUCGGAGAUUCCAGUGAUUCAAUCAGGAGAAAGUUGGCCUGCUCCAUAGAUUGUGUGAAAGUGCAGAUGAACUGGAUCGAACCCAGAGGAGUUCAAAGUUCCUAUCGACUGUGAUUUACCAACUGUGAAAAUGAAUACCUCUCUGUAUAAAAUUCACUGUGCACAUCUUGUCACUGGGUAAAAAAUGAACAGUACACGAUUCAUGUGCACACUGGUUACUACAAAUUAGAGGGAAUGUUGGAGGGAAGGAGGGGAGACUUCCAGUGUCCCUGAUGCCCUCACCUACAAGAUGUGUAUUCAGCUGCAGUUUGUAACCCUGCACUUUAAGGUGUUGGAUCUUGAAAUGGGUGAAUUCCAGAUCAUCCAGCAGUAGGACGGGGUGAAAGAUAUGACAUGAAGAGAGGUGAGUUCCACCCAAGGUGCAGGACACAGGAAACUGGGUGAGAAUCGGGAAGGGGAAUGAGAUUAAAUAGCCAUCGUAGAGUACUCCAGUGCCAUGCCUGCACAAUAACAAGAGGAACACUUUAGAAACUGUUGGGGGGAGGAAAGUCAAAGGGCUGAUAAGUGGCUUUGUUAGGGGAACAGAGCAAGAGGCAAUUAAUAUCUUAGUGGUAAGGCUUACUAGAGCUAGUGGGGGUUGGGGCUGAUAUGGUUAAAGUAAGUUGUAGGGGGAAUGGGAGCCAGAAUGACAGAACAGAUAGUGGAGAUGGUGAAUUGAAUUGACUUUAUUAUGUACAUCCUUCAUAUAGAUGAGUAGAAAUAUUUACAUUACAUUACUGUCUAAAUGUGCAAUGUGUAAUUGAAAUUGAUUUAUAAUGUUUAGUUUGUAUAUAGGACAGUCAAGAAAGCAAUUAAUCAGUCUGAUGGCCUGGUGGAAGAUGAUGUCCCGGAGCCUGUUGCUGUGGUACCGUUUCCUGGAUGGUGGCAGCAAGAACAGUUUGUGGUUGUGGUGAAUUUGGUUCCCAAUAUCCUUUGGGCCCUUUUUAUAAAAAAAACCAUACCCCUACCAUCCAGGCUCCCAUCCAAACUCCUUUUAAACGGUGAAACUGAGAUCAUAUUCACCACUUGUGCUGGCAUCUCAUUCCACACUCUCACAACCAUUUCAGUAAAGAGCUUUUCCACAUGUUACCAUUAAAUAUUCACCUUCCCCACUUACCCAUGACCUCUAGUUGUAGUCCCACCGAACCUCCGUGGAACAAGCUGCUUGCAUUUAUUUACCCUAUCUUCUCCCUCAUCAUAUUGUAUACGUCUGACAAAUUCUCAAAGCAAUGUAUAAUUUCCGUGUUCAUGUUUAGAACUUUUUUAGGUGUAUAAGAUGAUGAGGGGUAUUGAUCGUCUGGAUAGCCAGAGGAUUUUUCGCAGGGCUGAAGUGUCUAACACGAGGGAGCAGAGUUUUCAGGUGCUUGGAAAUAGAUACCGACGGGAUGUUGGGGUUAAAAAUGACAAGGAAUUUGUCUACGGGAAUCCCGAACACAACACACCAGUUUUGCUGUCUCUGUCCAGAUACUUAAGAAGAGGAGCAAGCGAUUCACUCGAUCAUCCUUCCUGCUCAGACUGCGGAGAGGGAUUCACUCGAUCAUCUGACCGACUGGCACGCCUGUAAUUUCAAACAUCUGCUCAGACAGUGGGAAUGGAUUCAGUCGGUCAACUCAACUGAAGGUACAGCAGCAAGUUCACACAGGGACGAGACCAUUCACCUGUUCUGUGUGUGAGAAGGGAUUCAGUCAGUCUUCCCACCUGCAGACACAUCAGUCAGUUCACCCUGGGCAGAGGCUGGUCAUCUGCUGAAUUUGUGGGGAAGGAUUCACUCGGUCAUCUGACCUAAUGGCUCACCAGCGAGUUCACACUGGAGAGAGGCCGUUCACCUGCUUGGACUGUGGGAAGGGGUUCACUUGGUCAUGCCAUCUGAAGCUACAUCAGAGAGUUCACACUGGGGAGAGGCCAUUUACCUGCUCAGUCUGUGGGAAGAGAUUCACUCAGUCAUCCAGCCUAAUGGCUCACCAGCAAGUUCACACUGGAGAGUGGCCGUUCACCUGCUUGGACUGUGGGAAGGGGUUCACUCAGUCAUGCCAUCUGAAGGUACAUCAGCGAAUUCACACUGGGGAGAGGCCGUUCACCUGCUCAGACUGUGGGAAGGGAUUCACUCAGUCAUCUGAACUGAAGGUACAUCAGCGAGUUCACUCUGGUGAGAGGCCAUUCACCUGCUCAGACUGUGGGAAAGGAUUCACUCAGUCAUUUAAGCUCAAAAUACAUCAGCGAGUUCACACUGGAGAGAAGCCGUUCACCUGCUCAGACUGUGGGAAGGGAUUCACUCAGUCUGCCCACCUACGAUCACACAUGUCAGUUCACACUGGGAAGAGGCCAUUUACCUGUUCAUACUGUGGGGAGGGAUUCAUUUUGUCAUCACAGCUGCUGGCACAUCAGCGAGUUCACACUGGGGAGAGACCGUUCACCUGCUCAGACUGUGGGAAGGGAUUCACACAGUCGUACAGCCUACUGGUUCACCAGCGGCUUCACACCGGCGAGCGGCCGUUCACCUGUUCGGACUGUGGGAAGGGAUUCACUUGCUUAGCUAAACUGAAGCUACAUCAGAGAGUUCACACUGGAGAGAGGCCGUUCACCUGCUCAGACUGUGGGAAGGGAUUCAUUUGCUCAUCUGAACUGAAGGUACAUCGGAGAGUUCACACUGGGGAGCGGCCGUUCAUCUGCUCAGACUGUGGGAAGGGAUUCAUUCAAUCAUGCACUCUGAAGGUACAUCAGCGAGUUCACACUGGGGAGCGGCCGUUCAUCUGCUCAGAAUGUGGGAAGGGAUUCAUUCAAUCAUCCACUCUGAAAGUACAUCAGCGAGUUCACACCAGAGAGAGGCCAUUCACCUGCUCAGAGUGUGGGAAGGGAUUCACUCGGUCAUCUCAACUACAGAGACACCAGCGAGUUCACACCGGGGAGAGGCCGUUCAUCUGCUCGGAAUGUUCAAAGGGAUUCACUCAGGCAUCUCACCUACUGAGACACCAGCGAGUUCACACUGGAGAGAGGCCAUUCACCUGCUCAGAGUGUGGGAAGGGAUUCAUUCAAUCAUCCACUCUGAAAGUACAUCAGCGAGUUCACACCAGAGAGAGGCCAUUCACCUGCUCAGAGUGUGGGAAGGGAUUCAGUCGAUCAUGUCAACUACAGACACACCGGCAAGUUCACACUGGGGAGAGGCCGUUCAUCUGCUCGGAAUGUUCAAAGGGAUUCACUCAGGCAUCUCACCUACUGAGACACCAGCGAGUUCACACUGGAGAGAGGCCAUUCACCUGCUCAGAGUGUGGGAAGGGAUUCAUUCAAUCAUCCACUCUGAAAGUACAUCAGCGAGUUCACACCAGAGAGAGGCCAUUCACCUGCUCAGAGUGUGGGAAGGGAUUCACUCAGUUAGGUAACCUACAAGCACACCAGCGAGUUCACACUGGGGAGAGGCCGUUCACCUGUUCAGACUGUGGGAAGGGAUUCACUCAGUCAUCCAGCCUACAAGCACACCGGUCAGUUCAUACUGGGGAGAAGCUGUUCACCUGCUGAAGCCUGAAUUAUACCUCUGCAUAGACGCUAUGCCGUUGUGAGCAUUUCUACUUGUGAUUUUGUGUGUCUGCAUCACUGCCAAAAUGCUAGUUGGUGUUGGGGUUCUGUGCUACUGUGUUGAAUUGACUUGUGUUGAGUUGCGAACAAUGGCGACUGCUGACUACGUCUUGUUGGAGUUGGAGCUAAUCAAUGUUGCAGAAGUGUUACUUUUUUUGAAAUUACUGCAACGCAGAAAAAUGAGAAGUUUUUCCAUUACCUUUUGCAGUCCAUGAUGUCCAAAGCAAUGUUGGAAAUUUCUUUGCACGAUUUUGAUGCCAUUUUCAAGUCUUUAUUGUCUGCCAAUGAAGAGUCGUGCACAUGUACAUAUUUUCUGACUACCUCACCUAACCUCUCCUUGAUGUGGUCCACUGUCCAACUUCGAAGCAUGAGGAAAUGCGCAGGAGGAAACUGGCAGCUGCCAAGUGGACCAAUCACAGUUCUUGCCAUCUGUGUUACCGCGACGUGGAGCUGCAUUUUUGAGAAGGUGCGCGUUAGGCUACAUUAGGCGAAGGACUCUCAUGGAGGCGCUACAUGGAGUAGGUUGCAUUCUGGCUUUGCACUGUUCAUUUUAAAUUUCCUUACCACCCCUUUGACAUCUUUAUCAAAGUGUUUAUAACACUUUUAUCUGUUUGAAUUUGAAUUUGAUUUGACUGAAAUGGCUAACAGAGGAAGAAAGGCAUUAGCCGAAGGCAAGGAAACCGGUGAUGGAAAUGGGAAGAAAGAAGAUGUCUUUGAACAGCCUAAAAAGUUUCAACUUACUUUACAGGCUAUCUCGAAUCUUUUGGAUGAAAAACUUGAUGAAAGAUUUACUACCUUGGAAGUAUGGUUAAAGGAGAGCGAAGGUAGGUUGGCAACACUUGAAAAGAAGAAUGAAAAACAGCAGCGGCAAUUUUCAGAGCUUAUUAAACCGGGAUCAUAAAUUGAAUUCUUUGGAAAAGAAGUGAACUUUGACCACUCAUACAUUGGAGCAGAAUAAAGUCAGGUUUACUGAUUUGGAGAGUCAAAGCCACAGACUGAAUUUGCGAAUAAUAGACUCAGUGAGGACGUUGAGAGCCGGGAUCUUACUCAGUUUUUUUCUCAAUUCUUCAUCUCAUUUUUCAAUCUUUUUUAUUGGUUUCCAAAUAAAGAAUAUACAAAUUGGAAGAGGAGUUUAACAAGUAGAUAAUAUAAAAAAAUAUAUAAACAGCAGUAGUAAAAACAGAAAGUAUAUCAUGUCAAAAUCAAAUGGAUAAAAUGCUUCCUUGGAAUAAUCCCAAAAAUUGCUGUGUGGAUUAGGUUGAACAUCUGCAUCUAUAACUUUAGAUAAUAUUCCAAACACAUCCCUCCAAAAAUUAUUUAAACUUAACUCAUGAACAAAACAUAUGAGUUAGAGUAGCCACUUCUGCAUUACACCUGUCACAAAUAGGGUUUAUAUUAG